GGAAGCGCUCCUAAACCAAUCACAUCUGUGUUUACACCGUCACCUGUCAAACGCACACCCUCUGCUACAAUUCUCUCUGAAAGGAGCUGAAACACACACUCACACUGAAGCGCCUACGGUAGCCGCUAACUGGACGGACUCUCUGGCUAUCGACCUUUUGCAGGUUGUGUCUUGGAGGAUGAGGCCUACAUUCCUACCUAUUUGGAGGCCUUCCCUCCGUUGCCGGAGAAGGGGACUCCAGGGGAGAAGACGGGGGAGCCAGCUUCAGCCUGGGGGAGCAAGAUCAGGCCCCUCAAAGCCUCUGUUAUCACCCAGGUGUUCCACGUGCCCCUGGAGGAGCGCCGCUACAAGGACAACAGCCAGUUUGGCGAGGGGGAGGAGGCCAAAGUGUGCCUGGACAUCAUGCAGCGAACCGGAGCGCACAUCGAGCUGUCCCUGGCCAAGGACCAGGGCCUGUCCAUCAUGGUUACUGGGAAACUGGACUCGGUUAUGAAGGCUCGCAAGGAAAUCGUAGCUCGCCUGCAGACACAGGCAUCUGCCACGGUCGCCAUCCCCAAAGAGCACCACCGUUUUGUCAUCGGCAAGAACGGUGAGAAGCUGCAGGAGCUGGAGCUGAAGACCGCCACCAAGAUCGCUAUUCCACGACCCGACGACCCCAGCGCCAACAUCCGCAUCACCGGCACCAAGGAGGGCAUCGAGAAGGCUCGCCACGAAAUCCUCCUGAUCUCAGCUGAGCAGGACAAGCGUGCGGUGGAGCGCCACUCCCUGGAGAAGGCCUUCCACCCCUUCAUUGCCGGAGCCCACAACCGGCUGGUGCAGGAGCUGAGCCAGGAGACGGGCGCUCGCAUCAGCAUCCCCCCGCCCAGCCUGCCGAAGGACGAGAUYGUCAUCACCGGGGAGAAGGAGGCCGUCGCUCUGGCCGUCAGCCGCAUCCGAGCCAUCUACGAAGACAAGAAGAGGAAGACCACGACCAUCUCGGUGGAGGUGAAGAAGUCUCAGCACAAGUACAUCAUCGGUCCGAAGGGAAACACCCUGCAGGAGAUCCUGGAGGCCACCGGGGUGUCAGUUGAGAUGCCGCCGCUGGACUCGGCCUCAGAGACCAUCAUCCUGAGGGGGGAGCCUGACAAACUGGGGCCUGCACUCACUCAGGUCUACGCCAAGGCUAAGAGUGUGAUGGUGGUGGAGGUCAGCGCUCCAGCUUGGCUGCAUCGCUUCAUCAUCGGCAAGAAAGGGCAGAACAUCGGGCGGAUCACGCAGCAGCUGCCCCGGGUUCACAUUGAGUUCACAGACGGUGAGGAACGCAUCAGUCUGGAAGGGCCAACAGAGGAGGUGGAGCAGGCUCAAGCCCAGAUACAAGAGAUCAUCCAGGACCUGCUGGUGAGGAUGGACUACACUGAAGUCAUCAUAGAUCCACGCUUCCACAGACACCUCAUUGGAAAGAACGGAGCCAACAUCAACAGGAUCAAGGAGCAGUACAAAGUGUCGGUGAGAAUCCCGCAGGACUCAGAGAGAAGCAACCUGGUUCGUAUCGAAGGAGACCCUAAAGGAGUCCAGCUGGCGAGAAGAGAGCUCAUCGAGAUGGUCCAGAGAAUGGAGAACGAGCGGACCAAAGACCUGAUUGUGGAGCAGAAGUUCCACCGGACAAUCAUCGGACAGAAAGGGGAAAAGAUCAAAGAAGUUCGAGACAAGUUUCCUGAGGUCAUCAUUAAUUUUCCAGACCCGUCGCAGAAGAGCGACAUCGUCCAGCUGAGGGGUCCGAAGAACGAGGURGAGAAAUGUGCCAAGUUCCUGCAGAAGAUCAUUGCGGACCUGAUCGAGAACAGCUUCUCCAUCUCYGUUCCCAUCUUCAAGCAGUUUCACAAGAACAUCAUCGGGAAAGGUGGCGCCAACAUCAAAAAGAUCCGCGAGGAGACGAACACUAAGAUCGACCUGCCGACUGAAAACAGCAACUCAGAAAUGAUCGUCAUCACGGGGAAGAAGAGCAACUGUGAGGCUGCCAGAGACCGAGUCCUCGCCAUCCAGAGAGAACUGGCCAACAUAAAGGAGACGGAGGUCAGCAUCCCGGCCAGACUUCACAACUCUCUGAUCGGCUCCAAGGGCUGCCUGGUGCGUUCCAUCAUGGAGGACUGCGGCGGAGUCCACAUCCACUUCCCCUCCGAGGGCUCCGGCUCCGACAAAGUCACCAUCAGAGGACCUGCAGGCGAAGUGGAGAAGGCCAAGAAACAGCUGCUGCAGCUGGCGGAGGAAAAGCAAGUCAACAACUUCACUGCCGAGCUGCAGGCCAAACCAGAGUACCACAAGUUCUUGAUCGGACGAGGCGGCGCCAACAUCCGGCGCGUGCGGGACCGGACGGGGGCCCGGAUCAUCUUCCCGUCGCCCGACGACACGGAGCAGGAGCUGAUCACCAUCGUAGGGAAGGAGGAGGCUGUUCGCCAGGCCCAGAGGGAGCUGGAGAGUCUGGUCAAAAACCUGGACGACAUCGUGGAGGACAGCAUGGAGGUGGACGUUCGCCACCACCGUCACUUCGUGUGUCGGAGAGGUCAGGUGCUGCGGGAGCUGGCGGAGGAAUACGGGGGCGUGGCCGUGAGCUUCCCUCGCACCGGCUCCAACAGCCAGAGGGUCACUUUGAAGGGGGCGAAGGACUGCGUGGAGGCAGCUAAGAAACGCAUCCAGGAGAUCGUCGAGGACCUGGAGUCCCAGGUGAGCGUGGAAGUGGCCAUCCCUCAGCGCUACCAUCGCGCCAUCAUGGGGCCCAAAGGCUGCCGCAUCCAGCACCUCACCCGGGAGCACGAGGUCCAGAUCAAGUUCCCCGAGAGAGACGACAGCGCCUCAGGUCAGGAGGCUUCGCCACAGGAGAACGGCGAUGCCAGUCCAGAGGCGGAGUUCGUCCCCCGCAGAUGUGACAUCAUCACCAUCUCUGGGCGGGCGGAGAGGUGCGAGCUGGCUAAAGCUGCCCUGCUGGCGCUGGUGCCCAUCACGGAGGACGUGGAAGCAUCUUACGAUCUCCACCGCUACAUCAUCGGCCAGAAGGGCAGUGGAAUCAGGAAGAUGAUGGAGGAGUACGAGGUGAACAUCUGGGUGCCGCAGCCCGAGAAGCAGCUGGACGUGAUCAAGGUGACGGGUCUGGCAGCCAAUGUGGAGCGAGCCAAACAGGGUCUCCUGGAGCGGGUCAAAGAGCUGCAGGCUGAGCAGGAGGACCGGGCCCUGCGCAGUUUCAAGGUCACCAUGUCUGUAGAUCCAAAGUUUCAUCCUAAGAUUAUCGGGCGUAAAGGGGCCGUCAUCUCACAGAUCCGGAAGGAGCACGACGUCAGCAUCCAGUUCCCCGAUAAAGGAGACGAGCAGCAGGACCUGAUUGUGAUCUCCGGGUACGAGCGGAACGUGGAGGAGGCCCGUCAGUCCAUCCAGCAGCUGGUGGCCGAGCUGCAGGAGAUGGUGAGCCAGGACGUUCAUCUGGACCCCAGGACUCACGCACGCAUCAUCGGCGCCCGCGGCAAAGCCAUCCGCAAGCUGAUGGAGGAGUUCAAGGUGGACAUACGGUUCCCUCAGCCAGGCUCAGACGAGCCUGACAAAGUGACGGUAACGGGCCUCCCUGACACCGUCGACGCCGCCAUCGAUCACCUGCUCAACCUGGAGGAGGAAUACCUGCUCAGUGUGACGGAGACRGAGACCCUGGCAGCGUACAUGAAGCCCCCGUCUCGCUACGGGGGAGGAGGCGGAGCGGGAGGAGUGGACGACAGCAGCGGGGGUCCGGCUAAGGGCUUCGUGGUGCGGGACGCCCCGUGGAACGCAGCAGGAAACAAGGCUCCUGAUAUGAGCAGUGCAGAAGACUUCCCCACGUUUGGGACCGGAGUGGCRCCGAAGCAAACCUCGGCCUGGGGUCCCAAGAAGUUCUGAACCUGCUUGUGUGGAAAAGAAAAAAAAAAGAAAAAGAAAACCUCUAAAGUAGACGAUGGGAGACAUAACUAAUUUCAAACUGCUGCUCGCCUUCCUCCUCUUCCUCAUUGUCUCUUUUGUGUCCCGUUUGCAUUCAGUCCUCCCGCAACCAGCCACAGUGAAUUCUGGGAGAAUAAAUCCUUUAUUUUUAUUUUUUAUAUUUUAUCCUGUUUGUCUCUCUUACUGUAGUUUGUCCCUGUUCCUCAAAGAGAGGACAUAGGCUGCUCUUGUUCUAGUUUUGCUGUCCUGCUCUGCCUCUUCUCAGCUAUCUGACUGAAACAUUUCAAAAACACUUCUUGGUUUGUCGGACUUUGCCAUCCCAUCUAACUCUGUCACAACAAAUACACGAGGAAACGUUUCAGAUGCUCCGAGUUUGCUGAAUCAAUGUAGUAGAGCCAUAGGAAGAAAGCCUCCUCAAACAUCUGAAGCUAAAUAUUUUCAGGGAAAGGGAAUCAUGAUACAAAGGGGUGAACCAAGAAUUUUGGAGCUCCAAAAAAGGGGCGGAGUCUGAGAGUCCAAACCCAAAAAAUAACCUUUUUAAGGUGUUUUUUUGUUUAGCCCAUGUCCGUCACUACCAGAUGAGAUGUUAGCUGUGUGUUUAUGUGCGUCGACGGGAGGUUUUUUUCGCCUAUUUGUGUUUUUUUAUAGAUUGUUUUUUUUUAUUAUUUAUUUUUCAAGCUAGAUGCAAAAACAGCUGCUGGAAUCAACCAUGUACUUAAUUUCCAAUGACUCAGAAAUGAUGUGAAGGUCCUGUAAUGAAGGUUGUUUUAAUUUUUUUGUUUAUUUAUUGAAAAAGGAGCCAUUUUCUUUGAACUACUGUGAUCAUCUGUUUUUAUAUAAAAAAGGAAAAAGAAAAAAGCACUCACUGUAGCUUGCAACCUUUUUGUUUGAGAGUGAAUGUUGUGCGUCAGGGUUUGAGGAAAACGUCAACAGUUCUGUGUAAGAAAAAAAAUUCCUGCUAUUUUUUUAAAACUGUGAGACAUUUCUUUUUUUUUUUUGGUUUGUUGUUUUUGGUUUCUGGCAUAAAAGACUGUAUGUUUGUGCAAGAGUGUGGGAGUUAAGAUGUAUAUUUGAAUGAAGCUGAACCAAACUUUUUACAUCUUCUUUGUCCGUUUGUCUCUUUUCUCGAAACUCAUUCAUAGGUUUUCAACUCUUUAGUUUUACGUCUCAGCUCAAUAUGAAGAGCCAUAGCUCCAGUCUAAAGAUGUUUUUGAUCAUUUGUAGCGAGAACAUUUGAAGGCCCUUUUUCUGGUUCUGAGACUUAACUUGUGCUCAGGUACUAAACUGUGAAAAACUUCAAUAAGUUUUACUAAACCUGCUUUGUGCCUAGAGUUUAAAAGGGAUAGACAAACACUUUGGAAAAUAUAAAUGCUAAAUUUCUGCUAAGUUUCUAAUAAAUUACUCUUUAGUUAUGGAUGAAAUGAAGAAACACCUAACUGAACCUGCAUCAAUGGAUAGAAACUUGUUUUAUAACUUUUUGUUUUAUGACACAUUUAUAAGCUUUUUUAAUAUCCUUAUUCUCCAAAUUUUUAUAUGUUUGUAGGGUUAGUUCAUUUGUCACUGACUUACUUUAAUGAAGUUGAGUGCUGUAAUAUUUGAGUUGAAAUGACGUAAGAUGACCUCAUUGUUUUAAUAAUUUGCUGUUGUACUCUCAUGUAACUAGAGAAGAUAAAGGCCACAGAAUCCCUCCCCUAAAAAAUGUUUUUUUCUUGAGAAUUUCCUCAGAACUAAAUUUUUUAAAAGGCAGAAUUCUGAUAUUAAAGCCAGGAAUAACCCAUUUUUGUGGGUUUUCUUCCAUUCAUGACUUAAUCUAAAUCUGGAUUUUCUGUAAAUUUAAUAAAAAAWUUUUUAGAAUAGAUCAGCUGUUCAUAAAUAAAACUUCCUAAAAGGUACAUAGUUGUGUUUGAAAUAAUAGUGUUUUAUAAUUGUGCGUAAAGCUCAACAUCUGUAGAACAAUGUUCAUUUUGAUGCAUUUCAAAUCCAAGGGUAACCCUUGUAACCCUAAUUUUCAAACGGUUUGUUGACCUGCAACACAUACUUUUUCAGUUUAUAAUUGAGUUUGCAAAGAAAAAUGCAGAUACUGCUAUAUUUUCUUCACUUUCUGUAAUUUAAAAAAACUGAUGCAUUUUUCUUCAUGAUUUAUUUGUGCAGCAUUCCUGAUGCACUGAAAUAAAAAGUAUAAUAUAUUUCAAACACAACCAUCAUAMCUAUUUGUCUUUUUAUAAAUAUCAGACAAGAGUGAACCGACAGGAUGAACUCAUCAAAAACAAAAUGAUUUUUAUUACCAGGACGUGAAAAAGGACCAGGCAGUCUCAGUUCAGAAGGACAAAUACUCAGGGGUCAACUUUAAGGUGAAAACUGGAGCAGAAAAAGUUGCAGACGAGUAACAAGUCGACUAUGCAACUCAACAGCUCAUGUUUGUUCUGCAUUUUCAGUUUUUUUUAUUUACUGAAACUCAGUACAGUUUUAGUUGCUUAAAUCGUUUUUAUGGGCAUUUGUUGUCGAAUAAGAACAAGCUGCUUUCAAAGCAACAAGAUCUGUUAAAAAAUGUUUAAAAAGCUAUGAAAAACCACACAUUUGGCCUUAAUCAGCUAUUAAUCCAAGUUGUGAUUAACUCUGUCGUAACAUGUUAAAUAAAAUCUGAAACGGGGAAAAAAAGCAGGUUUGGUCUUUUUUUCUAACCUUAGUUCACAGAAACAUUGACUCUGUGCAUACUGUUGUUUUAUUUAUUUUUAUAAAUCAGAAAGAUAUGAUUUGUUAUGCAACAGCCUGUACAACACAACAUACAGAAAACAAAAAGUAAAAUAAAAAAAAAAA